UCCCUCUUUUUGGGGGGCUGAAGACUGGGGUAUGGGGGUGGCUACAGCAUAAAGAGUCUGCUUGUCCUGCUCUAAUAUAACAUCCAGGCCUGUCAAAAACAUGUCUUUAAACCCCUUGAAUAAUACAUGCCAAUUUUGUUAGAUGAGGGUCAUGCCUGGAGAGUGGUGUGUGAGGGGGGAACAUUGGUCAAAGGUCAGGACCUUAAUGUGGGUCCAUCAGGCUACAACCUUCCUCCAUCUUUUUAUCCCUCCCACCAUCUCUUCCUACAUUUAUCCCUUACUGUGCUGUUCUCUCUCAAUCUCCUAUCCUGUCGUUCUGCCCCUUGUCCUCACUUCCUUUCCUGCAUUUUCCCUCAAUUUCCAGUGGUGACAAAUACACUGUUGAUGAGCUGGGUGUAAAUGGGGUGAGUUAGCCACAUAAGCAGCAAAUAUGCAGGAACGACCUUCACUUUAUUAACUGUUACUCAUGACAAAUAAUUCAGGGUUGAGACUCAACUGAACAAGCCAAGCACCGGCUACUGGUCUCCUGGCUAACCCUGGGCCCUGUUAUAAGAGGAGGGAAAUAAUCUGAGUCUUAUAAUACACAUUUACUCUGGAUAUUCCACCUGCUAUUGUUCCCCCACAAUUUAUAUAUGAGUAGUCCUCUCAUUCUUUCCAUUUCUCUUCCAUCCAUGAAACUGGAACAUUAUAUUCCACCACUGACCUGGGGCCUCAUUUAUAAAGCUUGCGUACGCCCAGAAGAGGGCGCACGCCAAUUUCUAAGCAAAUAUUGGCAUUUAUAAAAACCAAACUUGACGGGAAGAGUGCGGUCCUCCACGCAAGCUCUGACCCAUGCGUACGCACAGAAAGUGGAGAAAGGAAAAACGGUGACGCCGUUGGCAGAAGAAUGAAACGCGGAAACAUUUUGAAACUGAGACCAAUGUGUAAAAUAAAUCAAAUUAUUGCCUCUGAUUAGGCCUAAUCAUAUUAAGAAUUCUCAAAAGCCAUUCUUACAAUUAAUACACAAACACCUGUUUCAUAGAUUCUCUAUGCAGUGCGGGGGGAAAAUAAAGAAAACUAGUAGUCUAUCAUAAAUUCAUAUAAAUAUAUAUUUGCAAAUAAAACCAUGUUCUGUAAUUAUUAAACAAAAUGUGCAUGUUAUGGAAUUUAUUUUCAUAAAUAAUAAGGCGAUAAGGACAAGUUUACACGGAUGCUUUUUCUCGAGGCUUCCGUCUGGCGAUAGGAGCACAUAGCGCUUAUCGUUUGUUUUAAAUGUCUGUUUUUUGUAGCCUAAAUCGUGUUCAAAUCAGGGAGUUGAAUUAUGAUUAUACAUGCUUGUUGUGCAACACCAUUUGUUGUUUCCAUAAUUUACGAAUUAGAUGAACUCCCACACCUGUAGCAUGUUAGGUUCAAUCAAAUGGAUGGGUAUAAAAAGGCAUGCCAGCACAAUGCGUAAUGACGCAAAAUGGCUGAAUUGGCUUUUUUUGAAGACGUUGCUCGACAGAGAAUAAGGAGGGAGAGAAUUUUUAGAGAGCACACAGACUUGCUGGCCAAUGGGGACGAGUGGCUGAUAAGCAGAUUCAGACUGCCGCGCGCUGUCCUGCUCGAGCUGUGCGCGGUGUUGGGCCCAGCUUUGGCGAGGAACACCCGGCGCAAUAACGCCGUGCCAGUCCCACUUCAAGUUCUGACCACACUGGGUUUUCUGGCAACCGGCACUUUUCAGAGGGAGUUGGCUGACAGGUCGGGGAUAUCUCAGCCAACCCUCAGCCGUGUUAUGCCAGACGUGUUAGGAGGAAUUGUAAGUUUGACACAUCUUUACAUCAAGUUUCCUUACACGGUGGCUGAACAGGCAAACAAAAAAGCGCAAUUUGCAGCAAUGUCCGGUUUCCCAAAUGUAAUCGGUGCCAUUGACUGCACUCAUGUUGCUAUAAGGGCGCCGAGUAUGAAUGAAAAUGCUUUCGUUAAUCGAAAGCAUUUUCAUUCAAUAAAUGUCCAAGUCAUUUGUGAUGCGGACAUGUUACUCGUAAAUGUUGUAGCUCGGUGGCCUGGGUCAACCCAUGACUCAUUCAUUCUGAGACAAAGCAGUGUUGGUCGGAGACUUGAGGCUGGGGCUGUGCGUGAUGGCUGGAUUCUGGGGGACAGUGGGUAUCCACUGAAGCAGUGGCUGCUCACGCCUUUCGCCAACCCCCAGAGCGCGGAGGAAAGGCAGUAUAACAUCAGCCAUACCCAGACACGGUCUGUGGUGGAGCGCACCAUAGGCCUGUUUAAAGGCAGAUGGCGGUGCCUAGACCGCACUGGAGGGAUGCUUUUAUAUAGACCGGAGAAGGUGUGCCAGAUGAUACGUGCAUGUGCUGUGCUACAUAAUAUGGCACAACUGCAAAAUGUGCCUCUACCCCCUGGAGCGGAAGCUGCAUGUGUUCGACCCGACCCCGACCCCCAGCCCCAGGCAUUUCAGCCAAACGGUGCGGCUGUGCGCCAGCGUUUGGCUGUGAUGCGGCGGUUGUGAAAACACCAAACAAGGACUGCGUCGGUGAGGACACGCCCGCUGCUGGAUGGAGAUGGAGACGGAGACGGAGACGGAGAGGCACGUGGAGGUUCAGCUGCACCACCCUCUCCACUGGAACAUGCAGCAACUAAAAAAAAAAGGGAUUUGUGUAAAUAAAGUGUUUUGUACAUACACGAGUGACUUGAAUGCAUUUAUUUUACUCAUUCCAUAAAAGCAAUUGCAAAUAAGCCUACAUACCCAUUUCAUCUGCUGGCACGUCGGUGUCCCCCUCCGCCUCUGUCACCACUCCACUCAAGAGGGACUCGCCGAUGAUGCCUGCCAGCCUCUCAUCAAGAGGGGUCAGUUCCGGCGUCCCCUUUCCCCCGCCCGUGGCAGACACGCUCUGGCGAUGGUGCGCCAGGCGCUUUUUGGCCUCGACUUUAAUGUCUGACCAUUUUUUUUUCAGUUCGGCCACAGUCCGAUCUUCUGAUGCAGUGGCAUUCACUGCCUCAGCAAGAGUUUGCCACUCCAAAGUUUUUUUGGCAUUAGUGACUCCCAUACUGUGCCCUCCAAACAAAAUCUUUUUUCUUUUCUCCACCUCCCCAACCAAAACUUCGAUCUCGCAGUCUAAGAAAUUUCUUUUUUUUGUUUUUUUUCCUGCGCUUGCCAUGUUUCUUUCUCUGCUGGCCCAGAA